AUGCUGGCCGCGCUGGCCGCGCUGCUGGCCCCGCUGCUGGCCCCGCUGCUGGCCCCGCUCCCGGGCGCGGUGACGGCCCCGGCCCCGCUGACCCUCGCCGUGGUUCUGCCCCAGCACAACCUCACCUACCCGUGGGCUUGGCCGCGCGUGGGUCCCGCCGUGCGCUUGGCCGCGGCCGCCGUGAAUUCCCGGCGGGAUUUGCUGCCCGGCUUCACCCUGGGCUGGGUGUUCGGCAACAGCGAGGAUCGCCACGGGGUCUGCUCGGAAAUGGCCGCGCCGCUGGUGGCCGUGGACCUGCGGCUCGCCCAUCACCCCGCCGCGUUUUUGGGGCCGGGGUGCGUCUACUCGGCGGCUCCCGUGGCCCGGUUCACCAGCCACUGGCAGCUGCCGCUGGUCACGGCGGGGGCCGAAGCUCACGGCUUCGACGACAAGAGCGAGGAGUUCGGUUUGACCACCCGCGCCGGCCCCAGCCACCGCAAACUGGGCGAACUGGGAGUGCAGCUGCACCGGCGCUUCAACUGGACGCGGCGGGCGCUGCUCGUGUACUGGGACGAGCGGGUGGAUGACCGGCCCUAUUACUUCGCCGCCGAGGGUUUGUACGUCCAGCUGCCCACCCUGCGCAACCUCACGGUCAUGGACGUGGUGUUCCGCGACGGCGGCAACUUCUCCUUCAUCAUCCAGGAGAUCAAGGCCAAGGGGCGCAUCGUGUACGUGUGCUGCGCCCCGGACACGCUGCGGGAGCUGAUGCUGCAGGCGGAGCGCGAGGGGCUCACGGGCGGCGACUUCGCCUUUUUUUACAUCGACACGUUCGGGGCCAGCCUGCAGGGCCAGCGCUUCCCCGAGCCACGGCGGCCCUGGCACCGCGGCGACCCGCACGAUGCCCGAGCCCGCCGCGCCUUCCAGGCUGUCACCAUCAUCACCUACAAGGAGCCCGAGAACCCCGAGUACCGGCCCUUCCUGCAGCGCCUCAGGGAGGAGGCGCGGGAACAUUUCAACUUCUCCAUGAAGGACGGACUGAUGAAUUUCAUCGCCGCCGCUUUCCACGACGCCGUCCUGCUCUACGCCCAGGCCCUCAACGAGACCCUGGAGCGCGGCGGCUCCGUCAGCGACGCCUCGGCCAUCACUCGCCAGAUGUGGAACCGCACCUUCUACGGUGUCACCGGCUUCCUGAAGAUCGACGAGCAGGGGGACCGGGAGAGCGAUUACUCCCUGUGGGACAUGGAUCCCGAGCAGGGAAACUUCCAGAUCGUGGCCAACUACAACGGCACCACCAAGAAGAUCGAGAUGGUGCCGGGCCGGGAGAUCCACUGGCCGGGCAACGCGGUCCCGUCCGAUGUCCCUCCCUGCGGCUUCGAGGACACCGACCACCAGUGCAAAGCCUCGCUGACCACGGUGGAGAUUCUGUCGCUGGUGGUCAGCCUGAUCCUCACGGCCAUCACCGCCACCUCCUUCUUCAUCUACAGGAAGCUGCAGCUGGAGAAGGAGCUGGCGGCAGAGCUGUGGAGGGUGCGCUGGGAGGACGUGCAGAUGAGCAGCCUGGAGAAACAUCUGCGGAGCGCCGGCAGCAAACUCACCCUGUCCCUGAGAGGCUCCAACUACGGCUCGCUGAUGACCACGGAAGGGCAGUUCCAGGUGUACGCCAAGACCGCCUACUACAAGGGUAACCUGGUGGCCGUGAAACACGUGAACCGCAAACGCAUCGAGCUGACGCGCAAGGUCCUGUUCGAGCUCAAACACAUGCGGGACGUGCAGAACGAGCACCUGACCCGGUUCAUCGGCGCCUGCACCGACCCGCCCAACAUCUGCAUCCUGACCGAGUACUGCCCGCGGGGCAGCCUGCAGGACAUCCUGGAGAACGAGAGCAUCACCCUGGACUGGAUGUUCCGCUACUCCCUCACCCACGACAUCGUCAAGGGGAUGCAGUUCCUGCACAGCGGGGUCAUCGUGUCCCACGGGAACCUCAAAUCCUCCAACUGCGUGGUGGAUUCGCGCUUCGUGCUCAAGAUCACGGACUACGGCCUGGAGAGUUUCCGUGUCACCCCCGACGGCGACGACAGCCACGCGCUGUUCGCCAAGAAGCUCUGGACGGCUCCGGAGCUGCUGCGGAUGGAGGAGCCGCCGGCUCGGGGCACGCAGAAAGGAGACGUGUACAGCUUCGGGAUCAUCCUGCAGGAGAUCGCGCUGCGCUGCGGAGUGUUCUACGUGGAGGGCAUGGAGCUCAGCCCCAAGGAGAUCAUCGAGCGGGUGAAGAGCGGGGAGCGGCCGAGCUUCCGUCCCUCGGCCAACGUGGGAUGUCACCUGGAGGAGCUGGGGCAGCUGAUGCAGCACUGCUGGGCCGAGGACGUCCUGGAGCGCCCCGAUUUCAACCAGAUCAAGGUCCAGCUCCGCAAAUUCAACAGGGAGAGCAGCACCAACAUCCUGGACAACCUGCUGACCCGCAUGGAGCAGUACGCCAACAACCUGGAGGAGCUGGUGGAGGAGCGCACCCAGGCUUACCUGGAGGAGAAGCGCAAGGCCGAGGCUCUGCUCUACCAGAUCCUGCCCCACUCGGUGGCGGAGCAGCUCAAGCGGGGGGAGACGGUGCAGGCGGAGGCGUUCGACAGCGUCACCAUCUACUUCAGCGACAUCGUGGGGUUCACGGCGCUGUCGGCGCAGAGCACCCCCAUGCAGGUGGUGACGCUGCUCAACGACCUCUACACCUGCUUCGACGCCAUCAUCGACAACUUCGACGUCUACAAGGUGGAGACCAUCGGGGACGCGUACAUGGUGGUGUCGGGGUUGCCGGUGCGCAAUGGCAAGCUGCACGCGCGCGAGGUGGCCCGGAUGGCGCUGGCCCUGCUGGACGCCGUGCGCUCCUUCCGCAUCCGCCACCGG